GUGACGUUUCGUGCGGGUCUCGCCUCCUCCCUUUACUUAACCAACCCCCAAUCCCCCACUCUUUCCCCAACCCACCGCCCCGUUCCCCCGUCUCCCCGCCGCCUCCUCCUCCUCCGCGUCGCAAACCCUCGCCCAAAUCCGCCGAAUCCCGCGGCCCAGGAACCAAGGUAGAUCGAUGGCGAAGAGCUCGUUCAAGCUGGAGCACCCGCUCGAGAGGAGGCAGGCGGAGGCUACCCGCAUAAGGGAGAAGUACUCUGACAGAAUUCCUGUGAUCGUUGAGAAGGCUGGGAAGAGUGACAUUCCUGACAUCGACAAGAAAAAGUACCUGGUCCCUGCUGACCUUACAGUUGGACAGUUCGUGUACGUUGUCCGAAAGCGGAUCAAGCUCAGCGCUGAGAAGGCGAUCUUCAUCUUUGUGAAGAACACUCUUCCACCUACAGCUGCCCUGAUGUCUGCCAUUUAUGAGGAGAACAAGGACGAGGACGGCUUCCUCUACAUGACCUACAGCGGCGAGAACACCUUCGGAUUGCUCUAGAUGGCGCUGGCUGCCACGGCAAUCGCUCUGAAUGCCUCCUGUAAAUAAGGCGUGCCAAUCAACUGUGUAUAUAUCUGGUUUGCCUCGUCGUAGGAUCUUUAAAUUGCACAACCAAGAAAAACCUAUUCGUAUCCUGACUUAUCCUAUUUCAAUGUUCUGACUUAUAUAUAUAUAUCAAGUAUCGACUCUAAAUUCGGUAA